AUGAGUUCCAUCAAAGUUGGCAUUAUUGGAUACGGUAACGCGACCAAAACGUUCCAUCUCCCCUUCAUCAAGACUGUCUCCGAACUCGAGGUCUACGCCAUCCUGCAGAGGUCCGAGGCACCCGCUGACCCAUCAUCAAGCCCUAAAGGCUCUCACUGCACUGUUGACUUCCCUAAUAUCAAACACUACCGCACUGCCGAGGACUUCUUUGCCGACAAGAACAUUGAUCUCGUAGUUGUUGCUACGCAUACAGACACACACGCUUCCUUUGCCAAGCAGGCUGUGGAGGCAGGAAAACACGUUAUUUCUGAUAAGCCUUUCGCAACAUCAGCUGAGGAGGCGGACGAAGUGAUUAAAGCCGCUGAAAAGUCAGGGAAAAUUGCCACUUGCUACCAAAAUCGGAGAUGGGAUGGAGAUUUUCAAACUCUGCUCGACCUAAAGAACAAGAACGCUUUUGGCGACAUCAAGGAGGCAGAGAUUCACUACGACUUUGAAUCCCCAGACUUUCUCAAGCAUCUUCCUGCGAAGUACACACCGGGGGGUGGACUGGCCUUCGGCCUCGGAACUCAUAGCGUUUAUCAUGCAUAUACACUAUUCGGUCGUCCUAGUUCAGUGACUGGUUUCUAUCGUGUUUACCGUGACGCCACAAGCGAGGUCGAGGACACAUUCACUAUCAUCUUGCAGUAUGGAGAUGAUCCCUUGAAGGGCAGGCUUGUUACGGUUAAGACUGCAGUGGUUACCCCGAUGGCUCAGCAACUCAAAUAUUGGGUUCGAGGAACCAAAGGAUCCUACAUCAAGUUUCAAAAGCGUAGCUUUUGUCCACAAGAGGAGGACUUAGCUGUUGGCAAGGGACCGGCAGACCCCGACUAUGCAAAGGAGGCUGAAACGUAUUGGGGCACUCUUACGACCUACGACGAGUUUGACAGUUCCAUUCAGAAGUUUGAGCCUGAGAUCAAUAAGUACACUGGCCAAGUCCCCACGAUUAGGGGGAACUUUUCGGGCGUAUAUCAGAAUCUUGCUCGAGCUAUAUUGGGCAAGGAGGAGUUGGUGGUUAAGCUACCCGAUGUGCGAGAUUGCCUACGAAUUCUUGAGCUGGCAAGGGAAUCGCAUGAGAAAGGCACUACAGUGACAUGGAGGUAA